CCAAUAACAACCAAUCGGUUAAACGAAAAAGAUUGACUCAAGCAUGUGAUGUGUGCAGGAAAAAAAAGGUUAAAUGCAGUGGUGAGAAACCUUCAUGUAAUAAUUGUACACGAUUAAAUCUUAAUUGUACAUAUUUGCCUAGUCCAAGAAAAAGAGGUCCAAGAGUUGGUUUGGUAGAGAGUUUGGAAAGACGUCUUCAACAAAUGGAAAAACUUUUACAACCCCUCAAAGAACAAGGAAUUGUUGUAGGGGAUCCUAAUAGUAAUAACAAUGUUUCCAAAUCAAAUAAUGAUUUUGUUCCUUCACAAAUUAAUUUGAGAUCGCCAUCAUCGUCGUCGUCAUCGCCAUCUUUGGAUAUGGAUACUGUGGAACAUCUAGCCUCUUGUUAUUUUCGUUAUAUGGAUAAUCAAAUGCCUUUACUUCAUAAAUCAACUUUUAUGUCUCAACUAAGACAAAAUAAAGUUUCUCCGUUUCUUAUAUAUUCUCUCUGUGCUGUUGCUGCAAGGUGA